AUGUGUUUCGAACACAUCGACAGGACGCUGGUCAUUCAAGACAAUGAUAAUAAGAUCGCUAAAAAAUUCUUUUUCAUCUUCAGUCAAACAAUUUUUAUAUUUUAUGAUAAUCGCAAGCAAUAUUUAUCAAUUAUUCAAAUUUAUGGUCACUUGGUGCACUUUUAUUUUUUCAAGAAUCGUAUAGCUGAUGAACAAAUCGAGAUGGCUUUUGUUUCGACUCUCAAUGCAAUAUUAUCAUCAUAUGGUACUAUUUUAACAGUGCAUAACAUGGCUAACAGAUUCAAACAAUUGACGGAUAUUGAUAAGUUGUAG